GUGUUUAGCUGACUAGUGAAUGAGCAGGUGGAGAGUGGAGUUUACUUUGGGGUGUCUGUGAAGUCUGAAAACGGACACUAUGAACCGGACGGUCAGCCUUUCCAACCAGCCUGACAGAACUGCCACAGUGACUCUGGUUGAGAGUAGCGGCACCCCAAGUGGGCUGGAACUGGUCAGCUCGUACCAGACCAACAGAGUGGGAGACCCUAUGGACCUGGUGGCUCUGGCAGCACAAGUACAGAAGGGAGAUGAAUUCAUUAAAGCCAAUGCUUGCAACAAACUGACAGUCAUUGCUGACCAGAUCAGGUACCUACAGGAACAGGCAAGAAAGGUUUUAGAAGAGGCUAAACGAGACACCGACCUCCACCAUGCUGCCUGUAACAUAGUGAAAAAACCUGGCAACAUGUAUUACCUCUACCAGCGGCCAUCUGGACAGAAAUACUUCUCAAUCAUUUCUCCUAGGGAAUGGGGCCCAAGUUGCCCUCACCCAUUUGUCGGUGCAUUCAAACUUCAACACGACAUGUCAUGGACCCCCAUAGACGAGGUGGAGAAGAGGGAUGCAGAGACUGCCAUCAUGGACAAACUUCUCAGCCAGCAGACAGCUUUACCAUCUCACACAGAGCCCAACUUCAGGGGUCUCUCUGAUUAAAGGCCUGCUGACCCUGGACUGAAUCAAGGACUGGUAUUUUAUGAAGGACACAUGUUGGAGGCUGGUUGUAUUCUUAAUGGACAUCAGUUUGAACUAAGAAAAAUGCAUACAUGGGUUGAACUGCUGAUAUUGAAACAUUACACAUAACAUUUUAAGUGACUGAACUAUAUAGAGUUUAUGUAUACAAUCACAACUUCCAGGAGGCUUUUAAAAAAAUUCAUGUAUCAGAGCGGCUCGGAUUAAGGAGUGACGACAUCUCCACUGGCUCUUAAGGACCAUUUUUAUUUUUGUUGUUUGUUUUGACAGUAAUGGCGGAUCAUGCGAACAUUGAGUAGUUCCAAACAUUAGGAGCAGUGCCAUAGAGUUACACUGACUUGGCUGCUGUCUUAACAACUGAUAAAUCCUACUGUUCCCUACAGAAAACAAUGAAUCUUAAUCGCUUGUGUGAGACUAUUUGAAGCUACACAAGUCAUGUGACCUGCUGCCAUUUUUGACCCUUCAGCAUAUCUUCUAUCCACUUACUCUGGGCUAGGCAGGCAAACUGUGUGUGGAUGCUUAUCAAAUACAUUUUUUAAAUCCUUUGCUUAAAAGCCUUUAUCACCACUGUCUGACCUCAGAUUCAGUUGAUUAUAUCAACAAUCAUCACAAAAAAUGAUUAAAAAAUUAAAACUGCCCCUGCAUAUUUUUAUAUUGAUGCAUUUGCUGCUUAA